ACUUUCAGAAAUCCUGUCGGUCAGCCUCGGUCGUCAGAUCUCGUGUCGCUAGGGCAUCCCCGAUUAAGCGCCGCUUUGCCCACACACUCGCGCACCCCUUCGCGCACCCCUUCGCGCACCCCUUACACCUGCGUACAGGCCUGCACCUCCAUUACACUCUCGCAUUUUUACUGCCCCUCUCGGAGCGGCUUCACGUGGCAAGCAAUGGCAGGACUCGAUCCCAGACGGUCUUCGAGGGCGCGCGCUACCCAGUCACAGUCACAAGUAUCCUCAUCGAGCUCCAGUGCCUCGGGGCGGCCGGAACGCAGCUCGAGGCACUUCAACAAAGCUGGCUCUCCACAAAAAUCGGCAUCCGCUGGCUCGCUGUCCUCCGAACCACCGGAAGAUACAAUCACUGCCGACGAUACAUUCGCCACACGCCGUCGAACCCGUGGACAGGGUGACGAUCGGGACAGAGCUGGCGUCAAGGCCGAAGCGGCCGACAUGACCAGCGCCGACGAUGAUAUUCAAGAAGAGGACGAGGCCGUUCGCUGCGUGUGCGGCAAUGAGGAGUACCCAGGGCCACCACCCCUGGAAGAUGAACCUAGACAUGGGGCCAAGGGGGCUGUGGACAUUGACCCAAUAUUCUUAGCUUCUGUCACGGAUGAUGUCGCCGGGUUUUUCGUGCAGUGUGAUGUUUGCAAAGUUUGGCAGCACGGUGGCUGCGUUGGAAUCAUGACCAAUCCCGGUCCCGAUGAGUACUUUUGCGAGCUCUGUCGCCGUGAUCUUCACAAAUUGUGGACAGCUUCCAACGGCUGUGCUCAACAGCUGAACGCAGACCCGAGAUCAUGUUUCACCAGCUUGCACCAUCCCCGGGCGUUGGGAGGUCACAGACCAUCAAUCAAUCAAGUUGCUGACAUCGUGGCUCGCAGGAAUACCUACUCUUUCUAUCUUCCCUUGCGCCGACAGUCGAGGACCUCGUCGAGAUCUGCGUCUCUGAACAAAGAAGGCACACGAUCGCCCACCAAAGAGAAGGAAGCGCGAAGCGGACGAGCCACCUCGGCGAACCAAGCUUCGAAACGGCGGUCGACUAUGAACAGCCGCGAGGCUGCUUAUGACGAAGCGGAAGCUCUGAGAAGGGCCAUUGAGGCCAGCAAAGAGGAAGCUCAUCUCGAGCCCGAGGGCGUUCCUAGGCGGCCUAAGAGGGGGCGAAGCGACAGCGAGGAGAAGCAGGAGGGUGCCAAAAGGCAACGCACCAGCUCUCGAUCAGUGUCUCCAUCCGUCGACAAGACGGCCGACGAAUCGGACGAUCCCAAAGGUCCUAGUCGAAACGGGAACAAGUCAAAGCCGCGCGGCGGCGCACGCAAUAACCGGAACGAGAAGCUUUCCGAAAAGGAGGAAAAAGAAAGACAACGGCAAGAGGCCGCGAACAAGAGAAAGGGGAGGGCCGAACGUCGGCGAGCUGAUGGUACGGCGUCCACGAGUUUGGUGAAGGUGUCCGAGGCUCACACGGAUGCAGAUUCAGAUCCUUCAGAAGAGCUGCCGUCGGCAGCUCGGGCCGUAGUCAGCAAGGCGGUAGCACCAGUCACCGGAGACACGAGCACAAGCGAGACGGCCGCAGAGACUGUUCAGCAGCCCUCCGCCCCAGAACAGCAGCAGCCUCCUCCAGCAUCGCAACCGACCCCUGACUCGCCGCCCACGCCUGCCAUAUCACAGGCCAAGACGGACAAGAAAAAGUCGCACAAACGAAAAGGGCGCAACCAGUACACGCGCGAUGACGAAGCCUCGCCGGCACGGUCGGUUUCCCGAGAUAUCCAGAAAGACGAGCAUCCCCCGGCAGGAAAGGGGCACCACCACGGAGACGGCGUCGGAAAGGCGGCACACUCUCGAUCGCGAGGUGGGAUGAACAGCAAAGUCACGAUGAAUGACAUGAAGAGGAGGGCAGCGGCUUUGCUGGAAUUUAUCUCCAGAACACAGGUGGAGCUUGCUGGAGAGACGGCAGAAGACGCAGCGAGGAAUGACGUGGCAAAGGCGGCUAUUGUCAAUCCCACUAGCGCACCUGCGGUAACGAAUGGCACCAACGGUAUCACCACCGAUGAUUCGACCCAGAACACAUCGACAACAGGGCCGACUUCGGCACUGGAGAGUCAAGAAAGGGAGUUCAAAGAGCUUGGAUGUGUUGAAAUGAUGGACAGCCUGACGAGGCGGUUGGUCAAAUGGCAGCAAGAAUAUGCUGUAUAG